GUUUCCCAAGGCGGUAGCGGGGGUGGUGUCGCUGUUGCCCUUUUAAGCCGCGGGGCAGCCGCCUCCUGCCGGUGGAGUCAGUUACAAAGGGAGCAGCCGCCCAAGCCGCCACACAGCCCCUCGCCAUUUUCCAGCCCCGAUCCGACGCGGGCCGCGGCGGCGGGGAGAGGCGGAGCCGCGAGAGCGCGGCCCGGGCCGGCCCCGCGGGGCGGUCGCGGCCGUGACGGCGGCUCCGGGCCCGGCUCCCCUUCCGCACCCCUCCCGCCGGAGAUGAGGGGAAGAUGUCCGUGUCAGGGCUCAAGGCCGAGCUGAAGUUCCUGGCGUCCAUCUUCGACAAGAACCACGAGAGAUUCCGCAUCGUCAGCUGGAAGCUGGACGAGCUGCAUUGCCAGUUCCUGGUGCCGCCACCGGCGCCGCCGGGCAGCCCUCACUCCCCGCCGCCGCCGCUCACACUCCACUGCAACAUCACGGAAUCUUAUCCAUCUUCUUCACCAAUAUGGUUUGUGGACUCAGAUGACCCAAAUCUGACGUCAGUUCUGGAACGUCUAGAAGACACUAAGAACAACAAUUCGCUUCGUCAGCAGUUGAAGUGGUUGAUAUGUGAACUCUGCAGAUUAUAUAACCUUCCUAAGCACCUGGAUGUUGAGAUGCUAGAUCAACCACUACCCACGGGUCAGAAUGGGAUAGCAGAAGAAGUGACUUCAGAAGAGGAGGAAGAGGAAGAGAUGGCUGAAGAUAUAGAAGACUUAGAUCAUUAUGAGAUGAAGGAAGAAGAGCCUAUUAGUGGGAAAAAGUCAGAGGAUGAAGGAAUUGAAAAAGAAAAUUUGGCAAUAUUAGAGAAAAUUAGGAAGACUCAAAGGCAAGACCAUCUAAAUGGUGCAGUGUCUGGGUCUGUACAAGCUUCAGAUAGACUUAUGAAAGAGCUCAGGGACAUAUACAGAUCACAGAGUUAUAAAACAGGGAUUUAUUCAGUGGAACUCAUAAAUGACAGUUUAUAUGACUGGCAUGUUAAACUGCAGAAGGUUGAUCCUGAUAGUCCUUUGCACAGUGAUCUUCAGAUCUUAAAAGAAAAAGAAGGCAUAGAAUAUAUUUUGCUUAACUUCUCUUUUAAGGAUAAUUUUCCAUUUGAUCCUCCAUUUGUUCGAGUGGUGUUACCUGUUCUCUCAGGAGGGUACGUGUUGGGUGGUGGAGCAUUAUGCAUGGAACUACUCACAAAACAGGGCUGGAGCAGUGCCUAUUCAAUAGAAUCGGUCAUCAUGCAAAUCAAUGCCACCUUAGUCAAAGGCAAAGCCAGAGUGCAGUUUGGCGCAAAUAAGAAUCAAUAUAAUCUAGCAAGAGCCCAACAGUCCUAUAAUUCCAUUGUACAGAUACAUGAGAAAAAUGGCUGGUACACCCCUCCAAAGGAAGAUGGCUAAAUGUGUUGACUUUUAUAUGUUUGGACCGAUGUUGCUUUAAAGAAAAUCUUUCCAACAUGCAGACACAAGCUUUGAGUGCCCCUAUAACAGCAGUACCGAAGAUGUUAGCUAAUAGAUAUUUUAGUGGAUAAUCUGUCAACUGAUCCAGUAUAAGUUACAGCCUUUCCAUUUUUCUCAUUUUAGGUAUCUUGGACUGAGCAGUGGGGCCUUUACUAUAUUUUUCCUGAUAAAUACACAUACUGGCCACUCCUUAUCAUCUCUUUCUUUGAAAGGUGAAAUGUGUUAAGCAGACAAGUCAGCAUCAGGUUACUGAAGCUGCAACUUGAGGGCAGCUUUCCCAUUUUGAGCUCAUGUGUUAUGAGGAUUUGCAAUAUAUUGUUCCAUUUAAAGCCAAUAAAAGUUUAAUUGAUGUUUAAUGUUGGUUUAGAAAAUUUUAAGGUGUUCUAAAUCACAGUAGCUUUUUCAGGUUAAAACCAUUUUAUGAUAUUGCCAAAAUAAUGACAGGAAACAUACUUAUUAAACUGUUAAAGUUUUUUUUUAUGGCUAUGAAGAUCUGAGUUGUUUUCCCAAGAUUUGCUCUUUAGUAAGUUGUACUUUUCAGGCAAAGCAAAACAGGGCUGUGCCAAUUCAGGCUUGUAAGUAGUCAUUUCCACUGGGGCAUCAGAGUCUUGCUGGGCUGAAUCUGCUUCUUGUUGGUUCAAUAUUUACUAUGAAGAAGAGCUUGAAAUAUAGAGCUUGAAGUUAUUUUAAAUACUAAGUCAUUUUACGUUUCCAUUUUAUUAACGGGAUGUUGCAAUCAGUUGUAAACUAAUAAACUUAUAAAGUGAUUGGCACAAAGACUCUUUGAACAAAAACUGCACAGUUAAGUACAAAAAGUAAUUUGGAGACCUAAAGUUUUUGCUAUAGUCAUAACAAUGGCUUUUACAUUGAAAGACUAAUAGGAACUCUACAUAUAUUAAUUCUUUUAUAAAACCUGACUUAAAUCAGUGUACUCUCCAUUUUAUUGCCUUACCAGAAUCAGUCCUGUUGGGUUGGUAGUAGAUUUUUUUAUAUACCCAAAUUUGAUUUAAAAGUAAACUCUAGUUAUUAAGCACUUUUAAAAAGAAAUCCAGAAGCACAUUUUUUCUGCACAAACCAAUUACAAAGUUCAAAAGUGUUUCUUACGGUUUGAGACUCAGUUUUUAACUUUGUAAACCACAUCUGAGAGACUUGGCACUUCUGCAUUAUUGUGUUUAAUUUCCUUUUUUUUUUUUCUAUUUUGGUUAAGAAGACAGUAGAAAAAGAUUUUCUGGCAUUCUUGUUCACUUGGUUACAUUUGUAUAAAGUUCUGAUUGCCAGUUGCUCAGAUAAGUGACAAGGCAGAAUUCUUUAAAGCAUUAAAGUUCCUUAAACCUAAGGCUAAAUCUUGAAUACAUUAUUGAAUUCUUUAAUAUCCUGAUGGCUAGCAGAUUGACAGCUGCACAUUCGGCAUGCUUUGUUUUUUUUUUUUUUUUGGUUUUUGGUUUUUUUGGGACUUUAUUUUUCAUUGCAGAUUUAUUUGGCAAUGUACAGUAAAUUUUGUAAACUUGCAUCAAGUUUAUGAAUAAA